CGGCGCGAGCGCACGCGUCCGUUAAAAAAUCUUCCGCGCCGCGAAUUUUUGUAUUUUUUCUGACAAAAAAAGCAAGGGAUUCAGAUUUCGUGCAUAAUAAAGGAAGAGGAAAGUAAAACCAAUCCAGUUGGUGGUCAUGUACGGAUGAAGUCAACACAAAAACACAAAAUAACACUUAUUAGAAAGCAAAGCGGGACAGGAAAAUAUUAAGAAAUGGAAAAGGAAAAGCCCACAGCCCCGCCACUCAGAGAUGUGGACGCCUACAGUUCCAAGGUAGAAUUGGCGUACAAUGGAUCGAGAGAAGACUUGGACCCAUAUGUACCCUCCGACCACAGACCCCUCAGCUCGAGUACAUCGAGUUUCGGCGCGUUGGCCCAUCUCUUAAAAGCCUCCCUGGGUUCGGGGGUGUUGGCCAUGCCGCUGGCCUUCAAGAACGCGGGGCUCGUGGUGGGCUCCGUGGGCACCAUCGUCAUUGGCUUCAUUUGCGCACACGUCGUACAUAUACUGGUAAAAACCUCCCAACAACUUUGCGUGGAAAUGAAGAAGCCUGCCCUGGGCUACGCCGACACGUGUGACCUGGUCUUCCAGAAUGGUCCCAAACCUGUCAGGAAGUUCGCCCCUUUUGCAAGAGAGCUGGCUGAUUGGGCGCUGGCAUUAACACAUUUGGGGGCGUGCUGCGUCUACGUGGUUGUCGUGGCCGAGACUUUCAAACAAAUUUCAGAAGUCUACGGCGGCCCGAUGUGGUCAGUCAAGAUCUACUGCGCACUCUGCCUGGUAGUUCUAAUCCCUCUCACCCAGAUCACCAAGCUGAAGUACCUGGUGCCAUUCUCAGCGAUAGCCAACUUCGUGUGGCUAGGAUCCAUCUGCAUAUCCAUCUACUACUGCUUGAGGGACCCGCCGAAGGCUUCGGAUAGGAAUCUUGCCACUUCUAUUACGAGCAUACCUACAUUUAUAAGCACAUGCCUGUUCGCGAUGGAAGGCAUCGGCGUGGUGAUGCCCAUUGAGAACGAGAUGACGAAACCGAAGCAGUUCCUGGGCUGUCCAGGAGUUCUGAACAUCGCCAUGAGCGCUGUGGUCCUGCUGUACGGGUUCGUCGGCUUCGUUGGCUACCUCAGCUACGGAGAAGAUGUCAAAGGCAGUCUGACUCUCAAUUUGCCGGCAGAUGAAAUCCUUGCCCAAACAGCCAAGAUCCUGGUAGCGUGUGUGAUGAUCCUAUCGUACGCGUUGGUGUACUACGUCCCGGUUGAUGUAGUCUGGCGCAGGGUCCAAGACAAGAUUCCCGCCAGGUUCCACUGGUGUUCGGUUGCUGGCAUCAGACUGGCUGGAGUAUUUCUCACAGUCGGAUUCGCCACUGCAAUACCCCGGAUAGAGCUCUUCAUGGAGUUAGUCGGUGCUGUCUGUCUCUCCAUUAUGGGUCUACUCCUCCCAGCCGUGACAGAAACUGUCUGGCGAUGGGGCAAAGACGUCGGGCCCUGCCACUGGGUCUUCUUCAAGAACUCUGCCAUUGUCUUCUUCUCAAUCGUGGCCAUGGUCUCUGGGGUCGCUUACUCCAUCAUCACGAUGCUGGAGUCGCUGUGAUAUAGUUUUAAGAUGUACUGUAAAUAAGCCAUUAACUUAAUUUAGAUUAACAAUACAUUUAUUUUGACAUUUA